AUGCAGAACAACGAAAUUGGAGAAGAACAUCAUCUUGAACCCCAGAAUGAUGCUAAGAAGAAAUACCUUGCAUUCACCUUGUGCAGAUAUCUCGGUAAAAUAAUCACUCUUCCCAAUUGGACAGGAUUCAACACCAAACUUAUUUAUAAGAGAGACAUACCUACUCAGUCUAAAAUUGGGUAUCUGCCCAUAAUUUAUGCAAGCCCAACAGAACUUUCAACAGUAAAGGAGAUACUUAAUCAGAGUGAGAAGAUAGCCGACAAACUGAACUUGAAAUACAUGUGCUUGGUUUUUGAUGAGGCAAUCUAUGCCAAAGUUCAGCAAAUUAGAUGGAAGGAAGAGGGGUAUCUCAGCCGAUUUAUUGUCCGACUUGGGGAUUUUCACAUGGCAAUGCCAUAUUGUGGAGCAAUUUCCAAACUGUUUAAAGAUACUGGGUUAAAGGUAUUUUUAACAUGCAUAAUUGUCAUUGUUAACCCAUUAAGCUGCAGAGCUUCCUCAUUGACGAGUAAAAUCGUCUGGUGUUAGACAAGUCAACAAAGUAGGGCGCACUUGGGCGCAUUGCAGCUCAAUGGAUAGAUACAUUGUCAGAUUUUUUGGUUAACCCAUUAAGCUGCAGAGCUUUUCCAUUGACAAGUACAAUCGUCUGGUGUUAGACAUGACAAGUAAAAAAAUAAGUAGGGCGAACUUGGGUGCAUUGUGGCUCAAUGGGUUAAACAGCUUUCUCAACACAUAAGUUUCAUUGUCGAAAUCUGGUUACAAGGAAAGCCUUAACUUUCUUAUAUGUAUAUGCAAGUCAUUUUAAAAAACUAGCUUUUGCAUUUGUUUUACCCGAUAUGAAACACUUGACCAAGCCGGGGAUUUUAUACUUGAUAAGAGAGAUGUUUGUUUUUUAAAUUAUAGUUAAAAAUGACAAUGUUGUUGUUAUUUCUAUAGGACAUCCUUAUUGAGUCUGAAAUUGUAGCGGUUGGAUCAAUAAAUGGAGUAAUGUCGGGCAAGCACUACAACAGAAGUGUUAGGUCACACAAGGUUGUCAAUAAGGCCUUAGUAAGAUUGUUGUUUCAGAGAUAUCUUGAGUCACUUUCUGCAGACAAAAAGAUGAAACUAUUACCCUGAUUGGUAAGUUCACACAACUACGGUUCUUUUUAAAUUACACUUAGUCCAGCAAUUAACAAUUCCAUCAAGGGCGGUCUCGCCCAUUGAUGCAUAAGAGUCUCCUUAUAAUAUGAAAAUAUGCAACUUAAAGUGAGUGUCCAGUGACUUGGUAGUUUAGAAUACUACUGGGCACCUAAAAAGUUAAAACAAAACAAUGUUUUAUGUGAACCUGGCACUUAAAUUCAUAUAAAGGUUAGAGAGUCGAAACACCAACUUACUGACAAAUUGCAUUUGCUUGAACCAUCCAAGUUUUUUCUCAUGUCAUUUCUACGCACACGUCACCCAGGUUACAAAAUUCAACUCCCGUUGCAUGUGUAUGUGGAAACAAUCUAUUGCUUUUAAGAGGUAAACUAAGAUGCACAUUUUAUACAUUAUAGAAAACCUUGCUGCAAAGUUUCCUUGUGAAGAGUACUUGACAGAAGUGAUCUCAGAGGAUUUUGAACAAUUAAGAAUGGCUGUUGCUAUGUUUGCCCAAUCAGAGGCUGAGAAAAAACCAACAUUUGCUCUGUGGCUGAAUUACAUUGAGAUGGUUCAAGUCCUUUUGAUAUUCUUGCGUGCAACAGGAGAAAACAACUGGGAUCAACAUCUCUCAGCAGUUAGAUCUACGCUUCCUUGA